UUUCGCAGAUACACAACUUACUACACUGUCGAUAUCGCGCCGGUUCAUGAUCUAGUCAAAUGGACUAAGAACUUCAUAUUUAUUCCCAUUUUGAAAGGCGUAAAGUUUAGUAUAAAGAUGUCGAACCAAGUGUUAUGCCGCAUUGAUGUCGGACGCCAACCAUACUUUCUGAAAACCACGUGCAGGAAUGGAGGCCAGGAGGGAUUUGAUCUGGUCAUCACAGAUGCGGUCAACUCGUGGGAAGGACAAAUUUCUGCAAAGAGGUUGACACAACUCGCCAAAAAGGUGAAUAUGGAACUUGAGGAGUUUAUCGAGCACACAAAGAAAGCACUAACGAGGCAAGACAUGGGAGAUCUGGCAUUUGAAUAUCAGAUGAGAUGUGACUCUGACAAGUCGGAAUUCUCGUGGAAGAAAGUCAUGGCGAAUGAAAGCAUCAAGUUCCAACUUGGCUCUGUGGCUCUGGAGGUCGUGGAAGAUUCUGCCGAGAGCAUCCAGGAACUAUUCAUUUUCACCAUCGACAAUGCCGCAUCCUUGAGGGACAAUAUCCGUCUCUUGGAGCGAGAGAACGAACGGUUGUCCACAGAGAGAGCGAAUGCCCUCAAAAGAUUGGAGAAAUGCGUCGGGAUGCACGAGGAGAUGGAAAAAGAGCUCUUCUCAAAGUUCCAAGUUGUGUUGAACGACAAGAAAGCGAAGAUCCGACGACUGAAGCAAGAAGCCAGCUCAUUAGCCACAAAUAAUACCGCCAAGCGGUCCUCGCAAGACCUCCAUUCAUCAGGGGAGGAAAGUGAUCAAGAACAUCCGGCCGAGGAAUCAGAAGGCGAAGAGGUCAGCACGGAUGAGGAGUCAAAGGCAGCCAAGAAGCCCCAGAAGAGAACUGCACCAUCCAAGCGAGUUGAUCCAGACACCAGUUUGAUCCUCGGGGAGGAACCAACCAGUGAGGUAGCUCCCGUAGGCAAAAGGAGGAGGAGAAGAGAAGCCACAAACAAACAAACGCCCUCAAAACCUUCCAUUCCUAAAGUUUCCUCGGCCAAGUCAGACAGGAGUGCUACACCCUCCACCCCGGGCACCACCGGAGAGGGCCGCGUGACAAGAACAACAUCAAGCCGAUCAGCCAAAUCCGACCCAGAUGUGGACAUGCUGUUUGACCAGUUGUAGGCGGUAAAUGGUCUGGCCGCUAUGACCUUGCAUUUUAUGGUCUCAGACAAGUUCAUCCAAAGAGCAUUUUCCAACUCUCGCCUUUGCCUAAAUUGUCUUCUUGGAUUCUGUCGUUUUUCAUGCCUUCUGACUUCGGGGAUCCUAUCUCCAUGAAGGUCAUUAAAACAUCAGAAACGUUUUUACAUUUUAACCAGACAGUAAAGUUUAAAACUAAUCUAAGGUUUGGCAAAGGCCAUAGGACUACAUGUAUUGGUCAGCAAGAAGUUUAUGAAUAACGUACUUUACCUCUGCAUGCUGAUGCCAAUGUACACACAGAUCUGUCAGACAUUGAUCCUACUUUGUUACCAACCCGGCUGUGGAUUUUGGGAUCAAGAAAAUAUCACAUAUUGUUGGAGCAUUGAUCUUUGUGAUCUCAAUCAAAAUAUGACAGCACUUUUUUGACAUUAGUUCAAAAUUUAUAGCCCCAUGGAACAGUUUUGUUAUCAGAGAAGAUGGAUAAAUUUGAAAUUCCCCAAAAUGUCCUGGUCCCCUAUACAUGGCAACGUGUUGCUGUUGGUAACCAGUGAAGCUACCAACCUUGGUAAGGGCACUCUUGAAAGUGGACUUGACUUCUCCAAUCACAGACAUUGAAUGACAAGAGUUGCUAUGAUUCUUGAGUUUUAAAACAUUAAAUUUUCAAACUAUCGCCAAACAUUUAUUUUUCCACGGACAAUUUAUUUUUUUCUCGAGGAUAGUGGACUAGCCUUUUAUAAACAUAAGUUUGGUAGUCUUUAUCUUAGUACGUAGUUCUGAUCGAGCCUCUCCUGUCUGGCUUUGAUAAAUUCAAGUCACACAAUUUCAUUUUAAUUUAGUGCCUCUGAGUAUUGUGUGUGAUAUUUCGGGGUAAUUUGAGUAUGAAUACAAAUCAUAGUCUUGGUGGUCAACAUAGUUAAAGUGAGAAUGUUUGCUUUGAAGAUUUAAGUUGGACUUACCUCUGGAGAGCUGUACAGUUCCUCAAACUAGAAAAGUACCCAGCCAUUUGUUGGUGUUAUAUUGUGUCCUAGCCGUUGACUUUGUCAUGUCGCCCACACCAUUGAUGGGCCUGGCUAUAACACGGCUCGUCAGCAUGUGUGGCUUGAAUUUAUAGAUCUUAUUGGCACAGUGCCCUAAGUCGUUUGUGCACAGACUGAUCUGCUGAAUACUGACAACUGAAAUUCGACAUCUUUCGGUAUGUCUACCGUCAAAGAACUUCCUACCUACCCGUGUAGCUGUCUUCAUUUCAACUCUUCAACAGUGCUCGAACUUACUUAUAGUUUUGUGUACUACUUUUUACAGAUCAGUAUAUCUGAAAUAUUGAGAAAGAUGGUUCGCACAUUAAAUGAAUCAUGAGAUACAUUAAUGAGAAACAUAUUAAAUCAAGUUGAUCAAAAUAAAAAGGAUUGAACAGUACUACAUUGCCCGAA